UCAGAGAACACGUCUUGACUCGGUCUAACCAUCCAUUGCAUAUGGCGGACUGCCCAGCCAAAAUUUUCAAACCGCGUGUUGGACCGUCAUUGCAAUCCCGUUCACAACCUCCACAUGGCAAAAUCAAGUAUGGGGUAUUGAUAUCGUCGUUGGGUUUUCUUAUUCAUGAUCCGCUGUGAGAGAAUUCCUUAGAACAAAAGGCGUAUGAUUUAGCUCCUGAGAUGGAGACCAGGGAGAUGGAGAUCAGCGAUUCAUCAAACGGAACAACGGGAUCGAUCACCGAUCGAAUUAGAGGUGAUAUCCAGGCGUCGCUACGGUCUCACUUCGAUGUAUUCCUGAAUUUCAGAGGGCCCGACACUCGCCUGAACUUCACCGACUGCCUCUAUCACUCCAUGGACGCAGCCGGGAUUCGAGUUUUCAGAGACGACGAAGAGAUCAGGAAAGGCGAAGCCAUCGGAGGUGAACUGGAGCGCGCGAUCAAGAGCUGCACAAUCUGCGUGCCCAUCUUCUCUAAGAACUACGCGUCCAGUGCGUGGUGUCUUCGCGAGCUUGCAUCCAUGGUGGAUUGCUCGAGAAACAGAGAUGGCGAAGGAACGAUCCUACCGGUUUUCUUCGACGUGGGUCCCCGCGAUGUCAAGCUCGAAACCGGUCUGUACCACGAAGCUCUGCAGAAGCACGAGCAGAAGUUCGGCUGCGAAGUGGUGCGCCGAUGGAAGGAGGCUCUGAGGGAGGCCGCUCGUAUCAAAGGAUGGAAUCUCAAAGAUGGAGGCCAAGGUGAACUCAUUAGAUUAAUCGUUGCUGAAGUUUUGAUCAAGCUGAAUAAAAGAGAAAAAAUUCUACCCGAUCAUUUAGUUGGAAUUCAGGAUCGUGUUGAAGACGUCGUGCGCCUUUUAGAUGAAGGUUCUCCAGAUGUAUUUUAUCUAGUAAUGCAUGGUAUGGGGGGCAUUGGGAAGACGACUCUUGCCAAGGUUGUCUUUAACCAAAUUUCUAGUCGGUUUCAUGGGUGUAGCUUUCUUUCGGAUGUUCGAGAAGCUUUAAAGGGCGGUAAAGUCAUUCAAUUGCAAAAGCAAUUAUUGGCAGAAACUCUCAACUUCAAACCAAUUGAGAUUUCUGACUCUGAUGCAGGGAUUAGCCAAAUUAAAAGGAGGUUCCGCGAUAAGAAAGUCCUCAUUAUUCUUGAUGACCUAGAUAAGUGGGACCAACUUUCAAAACUUGCAAAAAAUCGUGAUUGGUUUGGUCGAGGGAGCAGAAUUAUUAUUACGACAAGGGACACCAAUUUUUUGCCGCUCGAAGAGGAGUAUCGAGAAAAUAAUGCCCAAAUGCAAUUCCAAGAGUUUAAAAUCUAUCAAAUGGAAGAAUUGCACCAUGCCCAUGCUCGCCAGCUUUUCAAUAAGCAUGCUUUCAGAAUGGAUUCCCCUCCGAAUGAAUAUGAUGAUGUUUCUCGCGAUAUUAUCUAUAAAACAGGUGGACUUCCUUUGGCUCUCGAAGUUAUCGGUUCCUCUCUUUAUUGCAAAGGCAAACAAUUUUGGAAAGACACGUUGAAGAAAUUAGAUUUAGUCCCCAAGCAAGAUGUCUGUGACAAAUUGAAGAUUAGUUUUGAAAUGCUAGAUGAUGCACAAAGAGAAAUUUUUCUUGAUAUUGCAUGUCACUUUAUUGGUGAAGAAAGAGUCUAUCCAUAUUAUAUAUGGAAAGCGUUGGACUUUUUCCCAAGAAGUGAUAUUAGUGUCCUUGCACAUAUGUCUCUGAUAAAGGUUGAUGAUGAUGAUAGACUCUUGAUGCAUGACCUCCUUAGAGAUCUUGGCAGAGAAAUUAUUCGACGAGAAGACCUUAAAGUUCCUGGAAAGCGUAGCAGAUUAUGGUGUCCCAAGAUUGCGUUGGACGUCUUGCAUACUAGAAAGGGAACAGAGAACGUCAUCGCACUCAAACUUACUGGACUUUGCAAGGAGCACGACUUUACAAGUGAAGAGUUUUCAAAGCUGCCUAAUUUAAGGUUCUUGGAAUUAGAGGGGGGGAAUUUGGCUGGAGACUUUGAGAACCUUCUCUCGAGUUUAAGAUGGUUCUCUUGGCAUCGUUGCCCUUCAGACUUGCAGGCGAUCAAUUUGUGUUUAUCGAACUUAGUCAUCCUCAAGCUUUUGGACAGCGACAUUCCGGAAAACUGGAAUGGGUGGGGCCCAUGCUUGGCGAAUCCUGACUUGAAAGUUAUACAAGUCAUAAGAUGUCAUCUAUCGGCAGCUCCGGACUUCUCUACGUGCAUGAAUUUGAAGAUACUAGUUUUUGAUCAACAUUGUCCAAAGUCGCCACAAAUGGGUAGCUCUAUCAGUAAGCUAGAGCGCCUAAAGCGUUUGGAAAUACUUGCAGCCCAAGUUCAGUCAUCAAAGUUGUCCACGAGCCCCCAUUUUGACCCAUGGUAGUGCCUUCCGC